AUGGGCCAUCGUUUGCAGUGUUUGUGCAAGGAGUACCUCAUGACUCCGGAGCACAGGCAAAUUCUGCUUGAGGAGACGGGCUGUGACGUGGACUGGGCGCCGGAUGAGUCCAAGGUUCAGCUGAGAGGCUCGGCGGAACAGAUCCGAAAGGCCCAAAGGCUACUCCAGCGUGUGCUGAUGCACUGUAACUGGGGCCGCAGCGAAGCCAAGGUCCGCCGAUUGCUGAAACCGAAGAUCAUAGAAUCAGCUGUUCUGCGGCUGUCGCCGAUGAACACCCUGCCUUCGGGGCAGAAGACAUUGAGCCAGACACAGCCUGUCAUUUCAAUUGGCAAGGACAAGGCAAAUGACAUCGUGAUUCCCGCUGCCAUUGUCUCUCGGCAGCACUGCGUCCUGGAGCUGGACAUCGAUCGUGGUGCAAUCUACGUCAUAGACUGCAGCACGAACGGUACCUUCUUGAAUGGCCUGCGGCUGCCGCCAAAGACCACAGGGAAGGUCCUCGUAUCCCAUGGAGAUGAGCUCCUACUACAAGAUCCGGGCAACGACCAGGAGUUCGGCUAUGUUGUGAACAUCCAGGAGCUGAACGUGCGAGAACAGAUGAAGUUGCAGGCCCCGCGGCGCCUCCUUACUACUGAGGAGUCCGCAACUAUGGGCCGUGACUUUCACUGA